AUGCCCCCAAAGCCCAGGAAGAAGAGCGCGAAAGCGCCAGCGCCACUCGUCGACCCAGAUAUAUCUGACCCUCUCGCUGCAUGCAAAGAAGCAAAGAUAGCUACCAGAAGGCUGAAUGAGAUGACGGAGGGCGAUCCGGGAGUGGAUGAACAAACAGCAAAGGCGGCAGCGGCACAGUGGACUCUCAUAGAAGCUGGCACGAAUUUGGCGACGCGACAACUCCUCGAACGGCCAAGCCUCCCAGAGGAGAGUCAUGAGGUACAGUUGGGGCUGCUGAAACUGGGAGAUCUCUUGCAACAGUAUCGAAAGGCCGAGACAGACCUUGUGAAGACACAGUGCAUCCAGCUGAUGCAGAUGGCUGCCAAGUCUCUUGUGGAGGCUGGUACCAAGGACGGUGGAUUCCAGGUGGGCAAGCCAUGGGUUCCAUCUGUCAAGGACGACGAGGAUGGGCAGAAUCAGCGCAUGCAGGAUCCUAUUGAGCCUAUCACCAACGAUGACGUUGGUAAACCCCGACGGUACUAUCAUGUCCGGGAAACCGGGCAAGCCAUAGCGGAGGACAAAAGGAAGACUGGCAAUGACGAGAUGGCGGAUGUCGAGGAGUACAGCAAGGAGCAUGGCCAUGGCGACCACGAAGAUGCACACGGCGAUGUCGAUGUUGAGGCGGGUAGCCAGGAAUCGGAUUCAUCCGUCUACCCCGAAGGCGACGCCAGCUCAUCUACUGUUGGAGGAGGAGGACAGGAACAACAAGGAGAAGCUCUCGGCGCAUUGAGGCAGCCCUUGUCAGAGGUGGGAGCUUUAUGCACAGUCUGCGACCUCUCCAAGCCUGUGAGCGCCUUCCGACUUCUGUGGCGUGGAAAGGGCGAGUGCUAUGAGUGUGAGGCACAAGAAGAUGCAAGACCUAGAAGCAAGGGUUAG